AUGAAGAGCGAAUUCACCAACGGCGGGAACGCGGCGCAGGACUGGACGGCACGGAAAUACCUGAAACCAUUGAAAAGUCCAGAAAAUGCUGGUCUGGUUGAUGCUGCCCUUGUUGAUGAGAUAUUUUAUCAGGUACCUGCUAUUCUUUCACAUCACGAGGUUUUCCUUGAGCAAUUAAGGAAGCGCCUCGACACAUGGGAUGUGAGACAAACGGUUGGAGAUGUCUUCCUUGAUGCAUUUACCAAGCAAACUGUGAUUGAAACAUACACCUCUUUUAUCAACAAUUGGAAGACAGCCAAAGAGGUGGUGAAGAAUGCCUGUCAAGCAAAACCUGCCUUUGCCAAAUUUCUGGAGGCAAUGGCAAGAGAACACAAGGGGAAACUUGCUCUUGACUGUUUGCUCAUCAUGCCUGUGCAGAGGAUACCUCGUUAUGAGCUUCUAAUUCAAACAUUGUUGAAGCACACAGACACCUCACAUCCAGAUUAUCAACUACUUCUGGAAGCUCAACGGGAGGUACAUGAUUUAGCACUUAAGAUCAACUGUACUGAGAGAGAAACAUUAAAAGAGUUGGAAGCUCUUAUUGAAGGACUUAUUAACUUAGUGACACCUGAACGUUGUUUCCUUCGACAUGAUCUGGUGACUAUGGCGUCUGGACAAGGCACUCGGAAAGAAAGAGCGCUGUUUCUCUUCUCUGAUCUUCUUGUGAUUACUAGUAUCAAGCGCCGCACUGGGACAAUCCGCAAACCUUCCACAAGUUGUCCUGGAAGUAUAGCAAGCACUUUGGAAGCAAAUAAGUACAAGCUGCUCAUGAGAAUACCAUUAGAUGAUCUGGAAAUUGUUAAAGCUAAAGAUGAAAAUGUGCGCCGAAUUCUUAGAGAAAUUGAACAUCUUGUGGAGGAUGUAGCCACACUCAAUCAAAUGAGUGAAUUGGUUUCAACACUGCAUUGCCCUCACUCUACUCUUGAAGAGCUGGUGCGAGAUACUCUCUCUACUCUUAAUAAACAAUUAACUGAGCGGCAAAAUUGUGAUUCCCAGUUAUCAUAUCUUGAGCUGUCACUUAACACACAAAGUGGAAUGGACAACAUAUCAGUAGUUUUCACUAAACCUGAUAAAAAAACUAGUUGGGAAGAGGCAUUUAAUGAAGCUAAACAGAAGUUAGCUCUCUCUGCAGACAGGCGACCUGUCCCUGAAUUUCUAUCCCCAUUGCCAAUUCGGAAAACACGUGCUGGGUUACAAUUUACAUGUGCAGCACCUACCUUGGGACUCAAUGCUUAUAAUAUGCGAGAUGUGUGGGUGUGCAACAGUGAUGGAUACGUGGGUCAAGUGUGUGUUCUCAGUCUGCAACCAGAACCAACUGUUGUUUCUUGCAAUGGAGUAUGUAAUGCUCGCAUAUUGUGCAUUGCUUCCAUUCCAGCUGGUAUGACAGUCAGUUCUUCUAGUGAUGAUGAAGAAGAUGGGGAUGAUGGAACUUCCGGAGUUCCUGGGACAGAAGAAGAUGCCAAACGUAUACGAAGUGCUUCAGAUUCCAUGACUAGUGACUCAGGUCUUCUGUCAGAGGAGACAGAUUCUUUGCAGCCAACCAUGUGGUUAGGGACUGAGGAUGGUUGCAUUCAUGUGUAUAAUUGCAGUGAUAAUAUACGUAUCAAGAAGAACAAAGUGAAAAUUCAACACGGUUCUUCAGUACAUUGUAUUAUAUAUUUGGACAACAGGGUCUUUGUUUCUUUGGCUAAUGGUGAUAUCACAGUUUAUGUAAGGCACUACUUAGGUGGCUGGAACACUAGUGAUCCUUAUGCUGUUUCUGUGGGCACAGCUGCAAUGCCUGUGACUCGCAUGCUUCCCAUUUCUGGAAAACUUUGGUGUGCAUGUCAUAACUUUAUAAAAAUACUUAAUACUAUUACUCUAGAAGUAGAACAUUCAUUUCCUGUGAAUACUGAAAAUAGUCGAGCUAUAACUAAUAUGGCAGCAUCUGGGUUUGGAGUUUGGAUUUCUAUGCAAAAUUCUGCUAUUAUAAGACUUUUCCAUGCUGUUACUCGUGAGUGUUUAUGUGAUGUUAAUGUGGCACCAGCAGUAACAAAAAUGCUAGCAAAAAGUGGCUUUAUGAAUUUAUUUGCUAUUGCUGAAGGUUGCGAUGACAUCAUCCGGCAACAUAAGGCAGCUUGCUUACGGGUCACAUCACUUCUGGCUUGCAAAGAUCUAUUAUGGAUUGGCACUAGUGCAGGAGUUAUUCUGACCAUGCCUCUACCUCAUGUGUCAGCAUCUACUACUAAACUUACCAAUGUACCUACUCCCACUGGUGUUCCUCAUGGACAUACUGGCCAUGUCCGUUUUCUUACUUAUGUGGAGACAGCCCCUUCUUCUAACAGUGAUUCCCUUGUGGUUCGCCAAAGUAUGCAUCAUCGCUUCUCUUUGAAAAAUAAACCAGAUCUUCUUGCCCACCAGAAUACUAGUACUUCUGGUGCCAAAUUGCUGGUGAUCUCAGGAGGUGAUGGUUAUGAAGACUUCCGAAUGUCUAGUGUGUCUGAAGUUGUGGGUCGUGAAGAUGCAACCAACCAUUUGCUCCUGUGGCAUGUAUGAGUGUGUGAGAAAUCUAAAUCAUCCUGAUGAGUGUCUGCUAAACUUGAAUAUUAUCUGUAUAUUCUGUGCAAUUAGAUUGAUGAAAGACAAUCCUCAAGAGCACUUGUCUAGUUUUUUUAUUUUAUUUUAUACCUGAAAUUUUUUGAAUGUUUAGCAACACAUGUCAAUGUGUUUGUGUUGAAUUCCUGCCAGCUGCAAUGUUGAGUCCCAAAUGUGUACAUAGAAUGUAAAUGUGUAAAUCAUUUUUGUGUAAUAAUUUUUAUUUUAUAUUUGAAUAUGUAAAAUGACAUUAUCUGCCAUACAAAAUGUUGCCAAUUAAGAAUUUCUUGUGUUAGUGCAUUUUGUUCCAAGAUCACCAUUGUAUGUGCUAAAUAAACUGAUUCACUCCAUGAGUAGCAUUUGAUUUAUUAGUAACUUUCUCUAUCUUAGCUUAAUCUUGAUAUGAACAGUAUUAAUUAAAUCACAAAAUAUAUUGUAAUAGCACACGAGCUAUGAGAUAAAGUAAUUACAAUGAAUAUAUAAUUCAUUCCAUUGAGAUUAGGCCAAGCAAGAGCAGGUUGUUUGCUUAUCCUAAAACAAGUUACAAGAUGAAAUAUUGUUAUUUAGUCAACUGUUAUCUAUUACUCUGUUGAAUGUUGAAACAUAUAAUGCUGAUGUUCUUGUAAAUGUGGUUGCAAAAAAUGGGAAUGAAAUCCUUUGCAGCUGGCAAUAUUUUUGGCAGUUAUGUUUUGAUAACUAGUCAAUGACAGAUAUGUUAAUGUAGUUGACAUUCUGUUUGAUUGCUGUUCAUUCUUUUGAACACUUUAAUGGUAUUUGGUUUUGCAUUGCAUUCUUUUUUCUUUUGUGAGUACCAGCUCAUCUCUCUGUUAACAGUUCGAGAUUUGGCUUCUCACUUUGACAAUAUGUUUCUACAAACUUGUGAUACAAGUGAAUAUAUCAUGUUGAUAUGUAUGUUGUUUAUUGUUAUAAAUGGCAAAUGUAAACUAAAUAUACUUCUGACAGCUGUAAAUAGUGCAAGUAGGAAUACAUUUAUGGAAUCAAUAUUCCCAUGUAAUGUGGGUCUAUUAUUAUGUAUACAAUUACAGCUUGAUAUUAGGAAACAUUUGUGGUGAUGGUGUCAUUAGGAACUGUUUUAGCCUUAAUGUCAUUCUGAAAAGUGAGAUACCUAAUUUUACUAAGCUCUACCCUGAAAGGGUGUAUUCUUGGCCUAUUUUUCUCAAUCUCAUGUAUGUAACUUGACUUUGAUAUCAAUACACCUUUAAUGUGUGCCAGCAAUGUGAAUGGGAUGGCUUUAAGAUAUAUUUUCUUAUGUUCCAAGUCACAAUUUUUAAAAGACUGAUGACGCAUCAACGAAACUGAUCAAUUCACACAUUCUGUAUGAUGCAAGCUUUGUGAGUGAGCGAUCAUUUGGGAGCACAUUCUGAACCAGAGCUGAAUGCAGGGCAAACAUAUAAGACUCAAGAGAAGUCCAACUUCACUGUCCUGUUUUAAUUAGCUAAAGAAGCAUGUACCACUGAUGCAGAAAAUUUUAUAUUUUCAUAGAUUUAUUGCUGGAUGUCUAAUUAAUAUUAUAAUGUUAAAUAUUUAUUAAUAAGUUUAUGUGAACCAGCAUAAAUUAAUGCUUGUCUCAGAUUGAACAUAGUAAGUUAAUGUGGAUACAAGUACAAGAAUGCAUUUUGAUCCAGAAAUGUCCCAUCAAAAUGAAAGGUAGCAUAUGCAUUAUAGAUGCCUGACCAUACAUCAAUGUUCAUCUUCAUAGGUGCUGCCUUCCCCCAUAAAUAGUGUGAAAUUCACUACAUUAAGUUUCUGUGUAAUUAAUUGAUGACAAAUAUAUUCUUUGGUGAAACCUGUGCAAAUUUUGAUUUAAAAGUAUUCAGUCUGCUUCAUAAAAAUCACCCAGAGGAAUACGAUUUCUUUAGAGAUGGCAUAGAAUUAUAUUUUACUUCUGAAUAUACUAAUGUGAAUUAAAACGGUAAUUAUAAUGGUACACUUACUUUUAAGAGAACAUUUCAAAUGAGAUUGUAUAUUUUCAUUAUCAUUAAAAAUAUUACAAUAAAUUAUUAACAAUUUAAUUGCUCAAGUUCUGUCAAGUCAUUUUGCCAAAUAUUUAACAAAGUUUUCAUUAUCAAAAAUUAACUGAAAAUUAAAAUUUUUGAAGUUUUAGAUGAACUGUUCAUAUAGAAUUAGUGCUUAACAUAUUAUGACAGUUUUAUUUGGCAACUAAGAUUUUAAGUUAAAUGUGUGUAACUAGAAAAUGAAGUCAUCUCUGGAGAAAACAAUGAAUACAUUUUUAAUGAAAAUAGUUUGUAUGUGAAUAGUGAAGUUUUGUACACAUAUAUGUUUUCACUGUUACAUAUGAAAAGAUUGGAUUAGUGAAGUUUUGUGCUAGCAGGGUUGCUUAAUAAAUAAAUGCAUUUUAUCACAAGAAAAUUAAAUAUGUACAGAAAAACUCACAAGUUUUACAGAGGAAUGAUUGGAGGAACUGUAAAAUAUUGCAAUAUUAUUAUCAAAACCUAAUUCAUUAUAUAGAAAUGUAUCAAUUCAUCAAAGAAAAUUCAUGAAAUAUUGACAUUUCAGAAUUUAAAAAGACUAAACUUUCCUUUUGAUUUUCUUUAGAAUUAUUCAUUUUUCAAAUUAUUCGUUAAAAGCGUUUUAACAAUAAUCAUUUAACUAAAUUGACCCAGUCAAUUGUCAUUUUAAUUUAGACCAUUGUACAUGAUGAUUUGAUCAUGUUUUAUCAAAGGGUGGUCAAACAUCUCUUUUCAAUUAAACAAUGUUUAAAAUUGUCUUGGUAUCAUGGUGCAGAGGGUGUGAAGUAGAAAAUUGUGACAGCAUGAAGAGAUUGGAACAUUGACAAGGUUUUCAUUAUUUUUGGAAUGCCACAUGCACCAUUAAUUCUUGAGCAGCCACAAGAUGCUGGUGAUGAGGCACGAACAAGUUAUUUCUUCAUAUCAAAUAGUCCUAUUGAUCACAACAAAGGUAAGAACAUAUUCAUUGAACAUCUUAAUUUAGUUAUGAUGAAAAUAUAGGAAAUUAUAACAUUACUUGGAAAACCCCUACAAAGUUUAUAAUCGCUUUGGUCUCAGUUUAGGAGCAAUUGCCAUUAUCUAAGAUGUAAUAUUUUUUAAAUUUAAAAUUACAUUUUCUUUGUUUAAAAAUCUUACAAAUAAUAAAUUCUUUAGAGAUAUUACAUGAUGUUUAUAUAUUAUAAUUUUUGAGUUGAAGGAACAAUAAUAUUCCUCUUUUUUUGUCAUCAAAAUAUGACAAUAGGAUUCUAGCUAUUGUAUAAGACAUUCUUAUAUUAUGAGAGCUAGCCACAAAGCAGUUAUAAUAUCAUAGUCUUGUAUUUUGAAUGAGAGGAACAUUCUGAGCCUUAUUCUUCCAUUCUGAGCCUUAAGAAUUAGCUUUAAACAAUGUCAAUAAAAAGUGCUG